AGAAAACGAAUAUGAAUCUUCGACAAUGGACCAGAGUAACUAUCAAUUAAGAACUAAAGGAGUUAGGCUGAAAAUUCUAGAAAAUGUAGAUAAAUUGUUGGCAUGUGGCACCUUUUUCUUCACAAAGAGGGUAAUUCUGAGUCAUAACUGGAUUUCAGUUUAAGUUUUUUACAUCUUUGUAGUUAAUACCCUUCCAAUUUUCAAUACUGUGAAAUAUUUUACAUGCCAAAGUACUUAAUUUUGAUGCAGUUAAUACCCUUCAACUUUCACUACUCUAAAACAUUUUAAGUGCAAAAGUACUUAGUUUUUAUGGCGUUUGAUAAAUACAGAUAGUAGUUGUCAUCUGUGCAGUUAUGUUAAACAGAUGGGACGGCCGAACACUUCACACUUCUUACGGUUUUUAAAUGAGUCAUUUAAAGAGUGUGACUAAUCAUCCUACCAUACAGUUGUCAACAAAACAGUAAUUCUUUUCUACCACCCACAAAAUCUGAAGAAGAGAUUUUGAGAUUUUUCUGUGUAUGAGGAAAGUAAAGGAUCUCACUUUUUAACAACGGUUUAAAUUUAGAUUGAGGGGGACUACACGUGAUCAACUUUUCAUCUUAAGAAUUUGUAGGUAAUUUUUUUAUGUGCAGCAAUAUGGUGAGAUAACCAGAAAGCCGGUGAACUUACUGUGGUCAUUGUCAGGCAAAAAGUAAUACGUUAAUUGUCUUAAGGCUUUCAUCUAAAUAGCAAUCUUACCUGAAACUAAAUGAAUUUUAACUGGCCUCUUUCCCCUCCUUGCUUUACCUGUGUCAAGCUGUAAGUCACCUGGGACAGAAGCGCUUUAAUAUUGGGCAUUUUUAUCGUAAUAGUCAAGUGAUGGGUGUCAUGAGGUUAAUAAUAGCACUAACCGAAGCAGGGUAGGGGCAGGAAUUGCAUUUGUUUUGAGGAAACCAGGGUAGUAAAACAAAAAGCUGGCUGAGAAACUUGUGUUUAGAAAUGUGAUGCGAGAAGUGACCUGAUUUGAACACAGCCUUUGUAGGACCUGGAAGUCAGUGAUUCCCUACAGCUUGCCAGGCUGAGCCAAGAGGGUGAUAGUAAAUCUAAAAGCCCCUCAAAUAAUAUCUGUUGAAGAGGAGAUACUCAGGUUCAAUUUCUUUUCAGUCAAGUGAGUUAAAAGAGCAUUGAAAUGCAAUAUUGGCCACAGGAGGUAACUGAGUGGAAAGAUUGGGAAGGGCGGCUUAGAAGUGCAGUUACAUAUGGAGGGGAGAAGUAGCAUAUGGGGUGGAAAAUUAGGAGACCAAGGAUGCAUCAGAAUGGAUCCCACAAAGAACAUAAGAAAGGACAUCCUGGCAUUGUCAUUAUGGAUCGCUCUCGGCACCGUGCAGGGAACGGCAAUGAGCAGGCAUCUUCACGUGAGCAUAGUCGUGAAAAUGAGAGACAACGACAGCUGGAGCGCCUCAGUAGGGAGGAGGCCUAUUACCAGUUCAUUAAUGAACUCAAUGAAGAAGACUACAGGUUAAUGAGAGACCGCAACCUGCUUGGCACUCCUGGGGAAAUAACAGCAGAAGAGUUGCAGCAACGCUUGGAGGGGGCUAAGGAGCGUCUGGCAUCACAGACUGAUCUGGAUAACAGAGAAGGUGAAGGCAGAACUGUUGGAGAUUCUGAUGUUCUUGGAGAAAACUCAAAUGGUGACUCUCUGCUUGAAAUGCUGAACACAUUUCGUCGCACAGGAAAUACCACUCGCAGUGGACAGAGCGGGAACCAAACCUGGAGGGCUGUGAGUCGAACAAAUCCAAACAGUGGGGAGUUUCGAUUUAGCCUUGAAAUCAACAUAAACCAUGAGCAUAACAGUUUUGAAACUGCCAGUGAGGAGUAUGUGGGUAUAGAUAGUAACAGAACGCAUUUAGAAAGGAGACAUCAAAGAGCUGUCAGUCCGGUACCCCCAAGAACGAGAAGCAGGACCACAAGAGAGGCAAACAGUGAGGCUUCAAGCACUGCAAGGACCAGGUCUUUAAGAAGUACCAUGGCACAGAGCUCUGAAGCAGCCACUCAUCCGAUCUCAGGGAGGUUCAGGAGCAGAACAAGGGAGUUGACAGGCCGUUCCCAAACAAAUACUACACGUAAUAAUUCAGCAUCUUCUCGUGAGCAAAGAGAAAUGCCAGAAAGAGGUACUUCAACAAGAGUCACAAGAGGUAGAGCUAGAACUAAUGCUCAGAUGAAUACAAACCAAAGACUAGAAAUUCUGCGGCUGAGGUCUACUUUAAGUAGUCGAAGCCGCUCUCCGCUGCAAAGGCAAGGUGGCACUGCCCAUUCAGAGGAACAUGGGCAGAGGCAGGAUAGAAAUGCACAGCAAGUCAACAGAAGUAGGAGACAAACAGCUCAGCCUUCUCCCCAGCCUGCUGAAGAACAAGCAAGAGUUAACCCUCAGACACCCCAGCUUUCCAGUGUAGCUCCAUCCUUGGGAAUAACUUUGGAAGAAGAGGAAUCUAGUAGGCCAGUAGCUGCUCUUAGAAGGCAUCCAACAAUUACAUUAGAUCUUCAGGUGAGAAGAAUUCGUCCUGGAGAAAACAGAGAUCGGGACAGUAUUGCCAGUAGAACUCGUUCUAGAGUAGGAAUGGCAGAAAACACAGUUACCUUUGAAAGUGACAGUGGGGGAUUUCGGCGUACAAUAUCACGAUCGGAACGUGCAGGUAUUCGAACCUAUGUUAGCACUAUACGAAUACCUCUUCGUCGGAUUUCAGAAACUGGGCUUGGUGAACCUUCAUCAGUGGCUCUUCGAUCAAUCCUUAGACAAAUUAUGACAGGCUUUGGAGAACUGAAUUCUUUAAUGGAAACGGAAUCUAACUCAGAAGUGCAAAGAGGUGGUCAUCACUUACCAGAUGUACAGUCAGAGCAGAACAGCUCAAGUUCAGCAAACAAUAGCAGUGAUCUAAGUGAGGUUGCAUCUAGAAAUGUGCAUGCGGCGGAAGGCAGCAGGGAAACACGUGGGCAGAGUGAUAAUAUUCAACACUAUGGUCGCAGUAAUGACAACCAAGAUAACAGGCAGUCUCAAGAUGCUAACAACCUAGUGGAGAAUGGAACGCUGCCCAUACUUCGACUUGCCCACUUCUUCUUGCUGAGUGAAGAUGAUGAUGAUGAUCGUUUAAGAGGUUUAACCAAAGAGCAGAUUGACAAUCUUUCUACGCGGAACUAUGGGGAUAUUCACACUGAAAAUGAAAUAAGUAAAACCUGUAGCGUUUGCAUUAAUGAGUAUGUAACAGGGAACAAGCUAAGGCAGUUACCUUGUAUGCAUGAGUUUCAUAUCCAUUGUAUUGAUCGCUGGCUUUCUGAAAACUCCACUUGCCCAAUUUGUCGGCAGCCUGUAUUGGGGUCUAAUGCCACAGACAAUGGCUAGAAUUAUUUCGGCUGUUCAGUCCUCAAGGAUUUGCUUCUGCUCUAUUUAUGAUAAGCCAGAUGGAAUUAAUUUACUUACAUAGGGGUCCAUUUGUGGGGCAGUUUUGUUAAAUUUCUUUAAAAAUAAAAGGAAACUUGUCUAAAACUAGCAAUGUAAAUACUAUUUUUCUCCAAGUGCAGAUCUAGGAGUACACAUAGAACCAAAUGAUAUUGGUAAAGUUUAUAUUUUUUUAAGUAAUUUUGUUAUGCUAAGCACUUUUGUAAAUACAGAAAUGCAAUAGUUAACCAGUCCUGCUUAAUGUAUUUUUUUUUUUUUUAAUGGUGUAAUGGACUCACUUUAUUUAGAUUACUAAUUGUUUCACACAGACCUACCACUGUGUUGAAAAAUUAGUGUCUAAAUAGCCAUUCAUUAGGUUUUUGUUCUAAGAACAAUUUCUUUUACAAAGAGUUUCUUGCUGGACAUAUUUGCUAAAGAUAUUUAAGUUACUUGAAGUGCUCAUUUAAUAGACAGUAUAUUUUUUUUAACAUUGAAAUAUCCUUUCCAAGAACUUGCCAAUUUGGUUCUAUUUAAAAAAAUUUAUGGCAGUUUUUGCAUGUGGUUUCACACAAUGCUUAAGGCUGAUGAGUUCAUAUUCAAAAGUGGCUGGGUUAGUGACAUUAUAAAAUGUACAUAAUUAAAUGCUGUCUUUGACAAUCCCUGUCUUUUCAAUGCAGGCAGCAAUCACAUCAAUUCUAAUUCCAAGAGGGCGUGUCUUACUGAACAUGGUAUUUGCUCAAAGAAUAAAUGAGCACUGAGGAAGCCUUUUUACUCUUCCAAAUUACUCAAUUGAUAUUCAUGGGUUUUUAACUGCCUUAGUUUAAAGGGGGAAAUAUUUCCUUGGCCAUUAUAUUGUCUACAAUAUGCAUGAUUUGUGCAUCCUACUUAGAAAAACAAAACAGAGCCUUGAAGUGCUUUUGUACGGAAAUUUAAGGUACACAUAUUAGUCCUCUUAAAACAUGUCUGAGGACCAAAUGGCAAAAGACACUAAAAAGGGCAAAAUAAGCUUCCUUUGAAGUCCCCAGAUUACUGUAUAAUUAGAUAUUAAACUUUAUACCAAUAACUUAUAAAGAAAUAAAAUUGCAAAUUAAAUAA